GCGGACAGGUACUGCUCCUUCGCGUGCUCUGCGCUGUUUACGUACGAUGCCGUUCGGACGUUUAUAACGAAAACGACCAAACGAACAACAGUGUCGUUGUCGUAUCGCCUUUGGCCGUCGCGGUGGUUGCGUUGAUAAGUUACGAGGCUGUUUGCUCCGUGAACAGCACCAGCUACACAGUGGUCUGUCUGCGUGGGGACGGGUUUGAUGGUAACGGGACGUUUCACACACACCAGGGUGACCUACGGCGUGUAAAGGUGUUUCUGUUCACGCUGCUCUCGUUGAAACUAUCCUGGUAGGAAACCACAACAACAACAACAACCAUACGAGAGCCAGCCUCACGUGCACCAUGGGUGACUCCCAGGACAGUGACGAAGACCUUCUCUCACUCCCCGAUCCCGUGGUGUCCCCUCCUCGCACUCAAUGGUCAGUGCAGCUGUCCACCCUCCCACCCAAACUCCUGCACAGCCUAAUGUCCUUCCAGAAGGAAGGUGUGGAAUUCGCCUUGUCAAGGAAUGGAAGAUGUAUGAUCGCAGAUGAGAUGGGUCUGGGCAAGACCAUCCAGGCCAUCGCGGCGGCCUACGCCUACCGCGCGGAGUGGCCCCUGCUGGUGGUGGUGCCCUCGUCGCUGCGUUACCCCUGGGUGGAGGAGCUGGAGCGCUGGCUGCCAGAGCUGCAGCCCGGAGACAUCAACCUGGUGGAGAGCCGGAGCCACACCGCGGGCUUUGUCAGCAGCAAGGUGACGGUGCUGGGCUACGGCCUGCUCACCAGCGACGCCCGGCCCCUCCUGGAGGCCUUAGGUCGGCAACGCUUCUCCGUGGUGGUGGUGGACGAGUCGCACUACAUGAAGACCCGCAACGCCGCCCGCACCAAGAUCCUGGCGCCCAUCGUGCAGAGCGCCAAGCGAGCCUUCCUGCUCACAGGCACGCCCGCGCUGGGCCGCCCCGAAGAGCUUUUUAUGCAGAUCGAUGCACUGUACCCGAAGAUGUUUGGAACUUGGACAGAGUAUGCUAAGAAAUACUGCAACGCACACUACAGGUACUUUGGCAGGCAGCGACAGUGGGACUCCCGGGGCUCCUCCAACCUGGAGGAUCUUCACCAGCGCCUCAACCAGAUCAUGAUCCGCCGCCUGAAGGCCCAGGUGCUCACCCAGCUGCCCCCCAAGGUGCGCCAGCGGAUCCCCUUCGACCUGCCCAAGGAUGCCGCCAAGGAGGCGUCGUCCUGCCUGGAGGCCUGGGAGAGGAUGAUGCAGGGCAUGAGGUCGGGGUCCACCGCCUCGGAGAACCCCUCCUCCGAGGUCAUGUCCCUGGUGACGCGCAUGUACAAGCAGACCGCCAUCGCCAAGGCAGGGGCUGUGAAGGACUACAUCAAGAUGAUGCUGGAGACGGAGCAGAUAAAGUUCCUGGUGUUCGCCCACCACCUCACCAUGCUGCAGGCCUGCACCGAAGCCGUCAUCGAGGCCAAGGUGGGCUACAUCCGCAUCGACGGCAGUGUCCCGUCCUCCGAGCGGGCCCAGCUGGUGCGCAAGUUCCAGACGGACCCGGCCAUACGUGUGGCAGUGCUGAGCAUACAGGCGGCUGGACAGGGCCUGACCUUCACAGCGGCGAGCCACGUGGUGUUUGCCGAGCUCUACUGGAACCCCGGGCAGGUGAAGCAGGCGGAGGACCGGGCGCACCGCAUCGGCCAGACCUCCUGCGUGCACGUGCACUACCUCAUCGCCAAGGGGUCCUUCGAUACCGUCAUGUGGGCCAUGCUCAACCGCAAGGAAACGGUGACGGGCAGCACGCUGAACGGCAGGAAGGAGUACCUGACUGCGGAGGAGGGGGACAAGACCAAGUGGGAUUUCCUCAACUUCGCCUCGGCGUGGACGCCCAGCGAGAUGGUGCUGCCCUUGCCCGAGAGGAAGGGGGGGACGCGAGAGGGGGACAACCAGGACGGGCUGUUCUUCACACACUUUGAGAAGAACAAGCAGCACGACAUUCGUUCCUUCUUCUCCCCCGGAGCCACUGGAGAGAGGAAGAGGAAGAGGACCCUGGAGCAGCAUGAAGAGGAGGAGGGCAGGAGGGAGGAACCGGUCGCCAUGGAGAUGGGUCCAGCCGAAGAGGGAGAUCACGACAUUGCCGACGCGGAUGCCAUGGAAACAGACUUCUCCCCACAGGUCCAGCGGCUCAGGACGCCGCGGCCUAGCAGGAACCCCGCCGCCUCCACGUCCUCUUUGUCAUCACGGAAACGACUGGCCCGGGGGAGGCGUCUGUCACUGAGGGGCGGGGCCUCGGCCUUGGUGCCACGCAAGCUGUCUGAGGUGCAAGCGGUGGCCGCAGCCCCCAGGGAGAGGUGGGCCUGUGUUGCCUGCACUUACUCCAACAGCGGCCUGCUGGCCUACUGCGAAAUGUGUGCGACGAAGCGACCUGAACCCGAGGAGCCUCCGGGCCGCCCGCUGCCCCCCAAGGAGGACCCUGUGCGUCCCGCCAUCAUGGUCAUUGCCUCCGGUUCGGAGAGCGAGGGUGAGAGCCCGGUCCCACGGGGACCCGGGGCCCAGCCCCCCAGCCCCCCCCUGGUCCCCCAAGACAAACACCCCGCUCCGGUAACGCUGCCCGGAGACGGCCAGAGAAGUGAGGAUGGGGAUGAUGGGGAUGGUGCGGCACGACACUCCAUCACCACUGAUCAAACAGAAGGACCCGUGGAGGCCCAGAGUGGGACCCAGCCGGAGGCUGAAGAGGACAAUGGGGAUGAUGGUGUCAGCUCCUCUCUGCUGCUCUACCCGGCCCUGCAGUUCUGCGCCAGCCGCAACACGGACCGGGUCUUUCUCUACGACAAGGAUGGCACUCCACUGAACUGUAACUUUGUUCCUCUGGACAUCCAGCUGGAGAACUGGGAAGACCUCCCAGAAGCCAUCAGCAAGAGACGGGAGAACCGCAUCCAGGUGGUGUGUUUUGUGAGGGACUGGAUCUCUCUGUCUGCGAUGAAGCAGCGUCUGCUGCGCCGCGGGGGCCCGCUGUGUCGAACACCGGCCCUCGGCCUGGAGGCCCUGGCCGCCGCGCAGAGACCCCACUCCAGCACCAAGAGGUACGUGGGCCGGGAGGACGUGGCCCAGGCCUCGCUUGCCAAGGCCCAGCAGGAGGGCGGCAGCACCCGGCUGGUCUCCAAGGACAGCUUCUUCAACAAGAGGAGGUCCGCCUCCUCACUGUCGCCCCCCGCUAGCAAGAGGCAGAAGGAAAAGGAGCCCCCCAAGGAAAGUGUACCGGGGGCCCCUCAAACCGAGGCCUCCGCCGAGUCCCCCGGCCCCUCAUCGCCCCCCUCCUCGUCGGACCCCCCUGGGUACCUGCAGGCCCUUGAUGGACAGGGGGUCCCGCUCUGCCUCCACUGCCAGGAGCCAUGCCCGGCCUCCCCGGAUGACUCCAGCACAGCCACCUGGGACAGCCGCUUCUGUAGCCACAGGUGCCAGGAGGAGCUGCGUCUGCGCUCCAGCCAACCCCACAUGCGCGCCCGUGUCCUUGAGGCGGAGGGCGGGGCGUGCCAGCAGUGCGGGCUGGCCGCCCAUCAGCUCUACCUGAGGGUCCGCGACGCGCCCCCCGCCCAACGUAAGGACCUCCUGGAGAGCACCUGGCUGGCCCAGCUGCCCCUCAAACAGCUGAACGAGAUCAUCCGGGCCCCGGUGGAGGGGGACUUCUGGCAGGUGGACCAUAUCCAGCCGGUCUACAGCGGGGGGGGGCAGUGUUCUCUGGACAACCUGCAGACCCUCUGCACCGUGUGCCACAGAAUGAGAACAUCGCAGCAGUGCAAGGAGCGCAGCCGGGCCAAGAAGGACCAGGCCGCCUGUAAGGUGGCCUCCAGCAUCACCCGCUUCUUCAGCAAGAAGUAGCAUUACGCCGUCUGCAAACAACCAUCACACUGACCUACAGACGACCCAUGGACGUCCUGCACACCAAACGAACCAACCGGGGAGGAUCGACAACUACAUCAGAUGUCAGGUUUACUAUCGGUUCAAAACACAAAGGAGACAACAACAACGAGACGGAGAAGAGAGAUGACUUGAAGAUUUGAAGGAUGACUUUGUUUGAGGAUUAUUGUUGUCAUUCACUUUACUUAUUACUUUCCCAACAAUUAUGACGUGAUAAUGUUUUCUCCGUAUCGACCAGAAUAAAGAGUAGUGUUGGACUUUUCUGUUUAAAAA